CUCCUUCCUUUGUCUUUAGUACUGACAGGACAACACUAUAUUGACACUCCAUCAGUGACUGACAUAGUCUACAUGACAGCUGGCAUGGCUUACUUCAGAAAGGAUGACUCAAAGGCUAAGGAAUACCUGAAUCAAGUUGAAUCACCAGAGUUCAAAGGUUAUACUGCAUAUCUAAAAGCCUGCCAGGAUUACUACAGUGAGAAUUAUGUGGAAGUAUUAACCACUCUGGCCAUUGACCACACUGAUAUGACUAGUAGAUUGAAGGCUCUGCAUUGUCAUUUGUUUGGUUUAGCAUUGUCUAAACUGGAGAAGCAUCAGUGUGCAAUACAGAAGUUCAGAGAGGCAUUAGAACAUGAUUUCUCCUUCCUACUACCACUGUAUCAUAUAUCUCUAGAAUACAGAUCUCUUGGAAUGACGUUGGCUGAGUUAGAAUCACUUAAUCUGUUGUCAACAGCACUACAGAAUGGUGAUAUUAAACCAUCAGAGUACAGUCAGGAUAUGUUUACACAGAUAACACAUGAGACCAAUGGAGAAGUAACAUUGUGUCAAGUCCUGUAUACACUGGCAUGUAGAUGUUCACAGCUAAAUAUGUACGAAGAUGCCUCUCAAAGAUAUCUGGAUUUACUUGUGUACUUAAAUGACACCAGUGCUAUACAGAUUUCUGGAAAUAGUUUGGUAACAGUUCCCAAGAUUCAAAGCAUUUAUCUUGAAGCUAUAAAAUGUCUUCAUGAGGCUAAAAAUUAUAAUGAUUGUGUAGCAGUUUGUGAUCAAGUCCUGAGUUGUCUCCCCUCUGGAUCCCAGAAUUCAUCAUUCAGCUUCCUUAACCAAUCAGAAAUUGAUCAGAUGGCAUGUGACACAAGUUUAACUGGAAUUAUUGAUUUAAAUGACAUAGAACCUGAACAACUAGAGGGAGCUAAUUCACAAGAAGGCAGCAAGAGAAAAAGACAACAUUCCUCAGAAUCAAAAAUGAAAGAUACAGAGUGUGACAGUGAUGCUUUGGUUCUUUUAUACAAGGCAGAUUGUUUUGUGUUUCUAGAAAAAAUUGAAACAGCUUUGCAGUGUUUAGACAAGUGUGUUGGUAAGAUUCCCUUCAGUGAUGACUUAAGGAAAGGGACUAGAGCUCAACAACAAAUUAAACGUAGAAGAUUAGAUUCCAGUGGUGAGGAUAGUUCACAGCUCAAGGACACAGGACCUGUCAAUGACCUUCAGAAAUUAGCAUCAUCUGCAUAUUGUCAUUUAGGGGUUACUGUGGCAACCAGAGGUCAAAAUAAAGAUGCCUUACAUUUUCUCAGGAUUUCACUAAGACUUAAUCAAGGAAAUUUAGAUGCCCUGUAUAACCAUGCAGUAGUGUUGCGGACAGACAACAAAAGACAAGCUGCUGUUGACUGGUGUCAAGGUCGUGACAUUGAAACAGUUUCUGACAGUUUUCAUUUGUCAGGCUUACUCCGACAGAAACAAAACAAAUUGAGAUCUUUAACAGGGAAAGAUUCUUUCCAUGAAAAAGAAGUGACUCUAUGCAAUACCAUCACAGAUGAAUGUUUACUAAAAUUGGAUGUGCUGUGUUUGAACUAUUUAUUAUCUGGUCACAAAUGACAACAUACAACAACAUUAGUGUAAACAACAACAUAAGUGUAUACAACAAUGUUAGUGGAUACAACAAUAACUUAAAUAUAAUGAAUGGAGAAUUGAAACUGUUGAGCUGAGACAAAUACACUUAUUUGCAGACUAAAAUAAACAGGUGU